AAAAACCCUACGCAGAUCGAAGAAAAUCAUGGCGGAGCACUUGGCUUCCAUAUUCGGAACAGAGAAGGACAGAGUGAACUGCCCUUUUUACUUCAAGAUCGGAGCCUGCAGGCAUGGAGAUCGCUGCUCUAGGCUCCACACCAAGCCCAGCAUCAGCCCUACCCUUCUCCUCUCCAACAUGUACCAGCGCCCCGACAUGCUCACUCCUGGCGUCGAUUCUCAGGCGCAGUCUCAGUCCCUCGACCCCCGCAAGAUCCAAGACCACUUCGAAGAUUUUUAUCAGGACCUCUUUGAGGAGCUCAGCAAAUAUGGAGAUAUCGAGAGCUUAAAUAUCUGUGAUAAUCUUGCUGACCAUAUGGUGGGUAAUGUUUAUGUUCAGUUCAGAGAAGAAGAGCAUGCAGCGAAUGCGCUUAACAAUCUAAAUGGAAGGUUUUAUGCAGGACGCCCAAUCAUUGUUGACUUCUCUCCUGUUACGGAUUUCCGCGAAGCUACAUGUAGGCAGUAUGAGGAAAAUGUAUGCAAUCGAGGUGGCUACUGCAACUUCAUGCAUCUGAAGAAGAUUAGCAGGGAGUUAAGGAGGCGCUUAUUUGGGAGGAAUAGGCGAAGGCGUAGCCGCAGUAGAAGCCAUAGUCCUAACAGGCACCGUGGUUAUGAUGAACGCUCGCAUAAUAACCGCAGUUCUACUAGACGGGAUGAUGAUAGGGAUCGUCACCAUGAGAGGGGCAGGAGGCAUAGAAGCCGAAGUCCUGGACGCAGAGGAGGACGAAGCAGAAGCCCUGCAGGAAGGAGAAAUAGAAGUCCUGUUAGAGAGAGCAGUGUUGAAAGAAGGGCUAAGAUCGAGCAGUGGAACAGGGAGAGAGAACAGACAGAAUCUGGUAAUAGAGAUGGCCAAAAACCCGACAAUGACAGGAACAGUAAUGAUGAUGCUAAGAAUGGAGGUCAUUAUGAUGAUCCUCAGUACCAGUAGGAGCUUUGUUGAUACAAAUACUGAACCCCUUGGAAUCAUCUGGUGGAGUACAGGUUCACUGUCAUGUCUUAUGAAAGUGAAAUUCUAACUUUUUGCCCUAUAACUGCUUAUUAGAUUAAAGAGAAGAGAUUUAUAAAAGAGUAAUAAUAAUAAUAAUAAUAAUAAUAAUAAUAAUAAUGCAAGGAGGAGGAAAUGGACCACAAAGAGAGGAAAAAGAAAGGUUCUUUCUAUUCCUUGUUGGUUCAAAGCUUCUUUUGUUCUGGAAUGUAUUUUGGACCUUCAAAUGAUAUUUUUUUUCUCCCUCAAAAAACUUCCAAAUUGAACCUCUUUUUUUUUUUUAUAAAAAAGUCCCAAAAGAGGUGUUUAAGUAAUCUUUUGAUGAGAUGGUUCACUUUUUUAACUCCUUGCUAUGAUUUCCAACAUAAAAGAACACUGGAGGAGGCUUGAAUCUGCUCAGUUUAACUCUCUCGUUAUAGUCAAUUGCAGGCAGGCAUGGGUAAUUAAAUUUUGCAGGGAUUUGGCAUGGCCUUUUGCUUUUAAAUAUCAUUUUCCUUGGAAAGUUAUCUUACAUGCUUUAUGAGUUUUGCAGGUUCAGGCUUUCCUGCUUCUCAGGAUCGGCCUCAGUCUUUUAUCGCAGCUUACCAUGAUAUUUGUAUACAGGUUGGCUGUUUAUCUGCAGAGCGUGUUUGCAGGAUUCUAGUUCUGUGGAAGGAUUCAGAAAGCUCAUCGACCUUUUGUAAAAUAAAGAAAACAGCUAACCUUGAUACAUGGGGGAAGCUCUGCCAUUCCAGGAUCCAACUGCUGGAUUUGACAUUAAGUUUGUGAAAUUUGAGAAGCAACAAUUUAUUUUUUCAGUUAUUCAAACAUCGUUGAGUUUUUUGGUAUUUUAUCUUGUCGCUUUGGUUUGGCAUCAUGUGGGUGAGCUUGAGAGCAAAAGAAUAUAUAUCGUUAAACUUGCUUGCUUA